AAUUUAAAAAGUCAAAACAAAAGUGACGUGCAAACGUAAACUUAAACAAAUGCCUUGAGUGCCUAAUUAACAGCAAAAUAUAGUAAUUUUAUUUAUAUUUAACUUAAUUCCCAAUAUAUUCAAGUUUAUUUAAGUGGUAAUAAUAAUAAAUCCUUACCAUUACAUACUAAAAUGUCAGACGUAGAAGUCGAAGUGCCUUCUACAUUUAAAAAAAGGAAUUUAAAGAAUAGAGGCGGCAGGAAGAGGAAACCGUCUAGUUCUGAAGAAAAAAACAGUUCAGACUCAGAUGAGCCAGCAGUAGUGAUACCAUCAAAACGGCCACAGAAACUAAAUCCGAACAUACAGUCCACAGGCGGUGAGAGGAAACGAGUGGUGAUUGAAAAGAGUGAUGAGAGCAGUGAUGAUGAUACACCAAAAACAACAACACUAUCGGUACAACAACAGAGAGAGAAUGCGACAGCAACAUACGAACUCGAUACAGAGAGGGAUAAAGAUGCACAGGCUAUAUUCGAGAAAGCACAGAAAAUCAAUGAGGAACUAGAAGGACAGGCUGAUGAUAAGCUAUACCGCGGUAUAAAUAAUUACGCCCAGUACUACAAAAAGAGGGACACAGCCGCGGGAAACGCUAGUUCAGGGUUCGUUAGAAAGGGCCCUAUACGAGCACCUGCUAAUUUAAGGGCUACAGUACGAUGGGACUAUCAACCGGAUAUUUGCAAAGACUACAAAGAAACAGGAUUCUGCGGUUUUGGAGAUUCAUGCAAAUUCCUCCACGACCGUUCGGACUACAAGCACGGUUGGCAGCUUGAGAGGGAAGAGGUACAGACAGACAAACACGGGGACUCCGACUAUGAGAUACACAGUGAUGAUGAGCUGCCCUUCAAGUGCUUUAUAUGUAGGAACAGUUUUAGGGACCCCGUUGUUACUAGAUGUAAACAUUAUUUCUGUGAAAAAUGUGCUCUUGAGAAUUAUAAGAAAACAACAAGGUGUUUUAUUUGUAACGCACAAACGAGCGGCGUGUUUAACCCGGCGAUGGAAAUUGAAGCUAAAAUAAAAGCUGGUAGUGAUGAUGAUGAUGAUGGUGGUGGUGAUGAUGAAUAAAUAUAUUUAAUUUUA